CAGACAGCAUCCAAACACAUCUCUCUCCUUCACAUCUUUCUUCUUCGUAGUAAACAGAGAGACCAAAGAAUACAAUGGCGUCGAACUCGCUCAUGAGCUGCGGCAUCGCCGCCGUCUACCCUUCUCUUCUUUCUUCUUCAAAGUCUAAAUUCGUUUCCUCCGGAGUUGCUCUCCCCAACGCCGGCAACGUUGGCCGCGUCAGAAUGGCUGCUCACUGGAUGCCCGGCGAGCCACGUCCGGCUUACCUCGACGGUUCUGCCCCAGGUGACUUUGGAUUUGACCCUCUUGGGCUUGGAGAGGUUCCAGAGAACCUUGAGAGAUACAAAGAAUCAGAGCUCAUCCAUUGCAGAUGGGCUAUGCUCGCUGUUCCAGGGAUUUUGGUACCAGAGGCUUUGGGAUACGGAAACUGGGUCAAGGCCCAAGAAUGGGCAGCAGUACCUGGAGGACAAGCCACUUACUUAGGCAACCCGGUCCCGUGGGGUACUUUGCCCACAAUCUUGGCUAUUGAGUUCUUAGCUAUUGCCUUUGUUGAGCACCAGAGGAGCAUGGAGAAAGACCCUGAGAAAAAGAAGUACCCUGGAGGCGCAUUUGACCCUCUUGGGUACUCCAAGGACCCGAAGAAGUUUGAGGAGUUGAAAGUCAAGGAGAUCAAGAACGGACGUCUUGCUUUGUUGGCGUUUGUAGGAUUCUGUGUGCAACAAUCGGCAUACCCAGGCACAGGACCUUUGGAGAACCUGGCUACUCACUUGGCGGAUCCAUGGCACAAAAACAUUGGCGAUAUUGUUAUCCCUUUGAACUAGUGACUUUGUAAAGAAACGAUAGUAAUGUAUCCUAUGAGCUUUAUGUGUAUCAAAACUCUCUGUAAUGAAAGACAGAUUGUGAAACCUAUGUUUUGUCUUGGUGAUCGAUUGCUUGCGUGUGCGCUUGAUUUCUAUGUGAUCAAACCUUUUGAAUCGGUUUA